ACAGAUUAUUUGGUGUUUCGUCUGGUUAUGGAAUUUCUGUCCUUUGUGUCCAUGCGGUUCCAGUGGUGCAGCCGAGAGGCAUGUUCUGUGCAGAAGAUUGAGAACAUGGUGAUCUAAAUCAAUUUCUCUUGGAUUUGGCUUCACAUUAAAGACCUUCUGCACUGUGUACAGGCACAGUUGCUGAUAUGUGUUCAAGAUGAGUGGGAUGGGAGAAAAUACCUCUGACCCGUCCAGGGCAGAGACAAGAAAACGCAAGGAAUGUCCUGACCAGCUCGGACCCAGCCCCAAAAGGAACACUGAGAAACGUAAUCGUGAACAGGAAAAUAAGUACAUAGAAGAACUUGCCGAGCUGAUUUUUGCAAAUUUUAAUGAUAUCGACAACUUCAACUUCAAACCUGACAAAUGUGCAAUCUUAAAAGAAACUGUGAAGCAGAUUCGCCAGAUCAAAGAACAAGAGAAAGCAGCCGCUGCCAACAUAGACGAAGUACAGAAGGCAGACGUAUCGUCCACAGGGCAGGGCGUCAUCGACAAGGAUGCACUGGGGCCCAUGAUGCUCGAGGCCCUCGAUGGGUUCUUCUUCGUAGUGAGCCUGGAAGGCAAUGUGGUGUUCGUCUCCGAGAACGUGACGCAGUAUCUAAGGUAUAACCAGGAAGAGCUGAUGAACAAAAGUGUGUACAGCAUCCUGCAUGUCGGGGACCACACUGAAUUUGUCAAGAAUCUGCUGCCAAAGUCCAUAGUGAAUGGGGGAUCUUGGUCUGGAGAACCUCCCAGGCGGAACAGCCAUACCUUCAACUGUCGAAUGCUGGUGAAGCCUUUGCCAGACUCAGAAGAGGAAGGCCAUGAUAAUCAGGAAGCACACCAGAAAUACGAGACUAUGCAGUGCUUCGCUGUUUCUCAGCCAAAGUCUAUCAAGGAGGAAGGAGAAGAUUUGCAGUCCUGCUUGAUUUGUGUGGCUCGGAGAGUCCCCAUGAAGGAAAGGCCGGCCCUUCCCUCAUCAGAGAGCUUUACCACCCGCCAGGACCUCCAAGGCAAGAUCACUUCCCUGGACACUAGCACCAUGAGAGCCGCCAUGAAGCCGGGCUGGGAGGAUCUGGUGAGGCGAUGCAUUCAGAAAUUCCACACACAGCACGAAGGGGAGUCUCUGUCCUACGCCAAGAGGCAUCAUCAUGAAGUUCUGAGACAAGGAUUGGCAUUCAGUCAAAUCUACCGUUUUUCUUUGUCCGAUGGCACUCUUGUUGCUGCACAAACGAAGAGCAAACUCAUCCGUUCUCAGACUACUAAUGAGCCUCAGCUUGUAAUAUCUUUACACAUGCUUCACAGAGAGCAGAAUGUAUGUGUAAUGAAUCCGGAUCUGACUGGACAAGCGAUGGGGAAGCCAUUGAAUCCAAUUAGCUCUAGCAGCCCUGCCCAUCAGGCCAUGUGCAGUGGGAACCCAGGUCAGGACAUGACCCUCAGUAGCAAUAUAAAUUUUCCCAUGAAUGGCCCAAAGGAGCAAAUGGGCAUGCCGAUGGGCAGGUUUGGUGGUUCUGGGGGCAUGAACCAUGCAUCAGGCAUGCAGGCAACCACUCCUCAGGGUAGUAACUAUGCACUCAAAAUGAACAGUCCCUCACAAAGCAGCCCCGGCAUGAACCCAGGGCAACCCACCUCCAUGCUCUCACCAAGGCAUCGCAUGAGCCCCGGCGUGGCUGGCAGUCCUCGCAUCCCACCCAGUCAGUUUUCCCCUGCAGGAAGCUUGCAUUCCCCUGUGGGAGUUUGCAGCAGCACAGGAAAUAGCCAUAGUUACACCAACAGUUCCCUCAAUGCACUGCAAGCCCUCAGUGAGGGCCAUGGGGUCUCAUUAGGGUCAUCGUUGGCUUCACCGGACCUAAAAAUGGGCAAUUUGCAAAACUCCCCAGUUAAUAUGAAUCCUCCCCCACUCAGCAAGAUGGGAAGCUUGGACUCCAAAGACUGUUUUGGACUUUAUGGGGAGCCACCAGAAGGUACAACUGGACAAGCAGAGACCAGCUGCCAUCCUGGAGAACAAAAGGAGCCCAACGACUCCAGCAUGCCCCAGGCGGCCAGUGGGGACAGGGCUGAGGGACACAGCCGGCUGCAUGACAGCAAAGGGCAGACCAAGCUCCUACAGCUGCUGACCACCAAGUCCGACCAGAUGGAGCCCUCACCCUUGCCCAGCUCUUUGUCGGACACAAAUAAGGACUCUGCGGGUAGCUUGCCUGGGCCUGGGUCCACACAUGGCACCUCGCUCAAGGAGAAGCAUAAGAUUUUGCACAGACUCUUACAGGACAGCAGUUCCCCUGUGGACUUGGCCAAGCUAACAGCAGAGGCCACGGGCAAAGAGCUGAGCCAGGAGUCCAGCAGCACAGCUCCUGGGUCAGACGUGACUGUCAAACAGGAGCCCGUGAGCCCCAAGAAGAAAGAGAAUGCACUACUUCGAUAUUUGCUCGAUAAAGAUGAUACUAAAGAUAUUGGUUUACCGGAAAUAACCCCCAAACUUGAGCGACUGGACAGUAAGACAGAGCCUGCCAGUAACACAAAGCUAAUCGCUAUGAAAACUGUGAAGGAGGAGGUGAGCUUUGAGCCCAGUGACCAGCCUGGCAGCGAGCUGGACAACUUGGAAGAGAUUUUGGAUGAUCUGCAGAAUAGUCAGUUACCACAGCUUUUCCCAGACACAAGGCCAGGGGCCCCUGCUGGGUCAGUGGACAAGCAAGCCAUCAUCAAUGACCUCAUGCAACUCACCGCUGACAGCGGUCCCAUCACACCUGUUGGAGCCCAGAAAACAGCGCUGCGAAUGUCACAGAGCACUUUUAAUAACCCACGACCAGGGCAACUGGGCAGGUUAUUGCCAAACCAGAAUUUACCACUUGACAUCACAUUGCAAAGCCCAACUGGUGCUGGACCUUUCCCACCAAUCAGAAACAAUAGUCCCUACUCAGUGAUACCUCAGCCAGGAAUGAUGGGUAACCAAGGGAUGCUAGGAAGCCAAGGAAACUUAGGGAACAAUAGCACAGGAAUGAUUGGCAGUAGCACUUCCCGGCCCACCAUGCCUUCUGGGGAAUGGGCACCACAGAGUUCGGCUGUGAGAGUUACUUGCGCUGCGACCACUGGUGCCAUGAACCGGCCAAUACAAGGAGGCAUGAUUCGGAAUCCAACAGCCAACAUCCCCAUGCGAGCCAACAACCAGCCUGGCCAAAGACAGAUGCUCCAGUCUCAGGUCAUGAACAUAGGGCCUUCUGAAUUAGAGAUGAACAUGGGAGGUCCUCAGUAUAACCAACAGCAGGCUCCUCCAAACCAAACUGCCCCAUGGCCUGAGAGCAUCCUGCCUAUAGACCAGGCAUCCUUUGCCAGCCAGAACAGGCAGCCAUUUGGCAGCUCCCCCGAUGACCUGCUGUGUCCACAUCCUGCGGCAGAGUCGCCUAGUGAUGAGGGCGCUCUUCUAGACCAGCUGUAUUUGGCCUUGCGGAACUUCGAUGGCCUCGAGGAGAUUGAUAGAGCUCUGGGGAUACCAGAACUGGUCAGCCAGAGUCAAGCUGUAGAUCCAGAGCAGUUCUCCAGCCAAGAGUCCAACAUGAUGCUAGAGCAGAAGGCCCCUGUUUUCCCACAGCAGUACGCAUCUCAGGCACAAAUGGCCCAGGGUAGCUAUAAUCCCAUGCAAGAUCCAAACUUUCACAGCAUGGGCCAGCGGCCUAACUACACCACACUCCGAAUGCAGCCCCGACCAGGCCUCAGGCCCACCGGCCUCGUGCAGAACCAGCCAAACCAACUGAGACUUCAGCUUCAGCAUCGCCUCCAAGCACAGCAGAAUCGCCAGCCUAUUAUGAAUCAAAUCAGCAACGUUUCAAAUGUGAACUUGACUCUGAGGCCUGGAGUACCAACACAGGCUCCUAUUAAUGCCCAGAUGCUGGCCCAGAGGCAGCGGGAAAUCCUCAACCAGCAUCUCCGCCAGAGACAAAUACAUCAGCAGCAGCAGGUGCAGCAGCGAACUUUGAUGAUGAGAGGACAAGGGUUGAAUAUGACCCCAAGCAUGGUGGCUCCUAGUGGUAUACCAGCAGCCAUGAGCAAUCCCCGGAUUCCCCAGGCCAAUGCCCAGCAGUUUCCAUUUCCUCCAAACUACGGAAUAAGUCAGCAACCUGACCCUGGCUUUACUGGAGCUACGACUCCCCAGAGUCCUCUGAUGUCUCCCCGGAUGGCGCAUACCCAGAGUCCCAUGAUGCAGCAGUCUCAAGCCAACCCAGCCUACCAGCCCCCGUCAGACAUGAACGGAUGGGCACAGGGGAGCAUGGGUGGGAACAGCAUGUUUUCACAGCAGUCUCCUCCACACUUCGGGCAGCAAGCAAACACCAGCAUGUACAAUAACAACAUGAACAUUAGUGUGUCCAUGGCAACCAACACAGCUGGCUUGAGCACCAUGAACCAGAUGACAGGACAGAUGAGCAUGACCUCAGUGACCUCCGUGCCUACAUCGGGGCUGUCCUCCAUGGGUCCCGAGCAGGUAAAUGACCCUGCUCUGAGGGGAGGCAACCUUUUCCCGAACCCACUGCCUGGAAUGGACAUGAUCAAACAGGAGGGAGAUACGUCCCGGAAAUACUGCUGACCCUGCGGGAGGCUCUUUUCUUCUUUCUUCAACCCACUGGGCGCUACUUUGCUCAAAACACUUACCAGUCUGGAGAGCUGCGUCUGUUUUGAGCCUCCUGACCUACCACCAGUUCUCCCAGGACACAAUCAGGACAGUUGGGCCCUGGCCCCCAGCAUCGAGCGUGCUGGCUUGGUGGCCUGGCUGCCACCGGAAGAGCUGCCUCUCCUGACAGCCUGCAGCCAGCCUCCAGACCACCCCGCAGUCUGUUCACUGCAUUCACCUUAGUGCAACUUAGAUCUCCUGCAAAGUAAAUGUCGACAGGCAGACUUCAUCCCCAUUCAGAUUGAAUGUAUUUAAAUGUGUGUAUCUGAGGAGAACCAUGCUCUUGUUCUGUUCCUGUUCGGUUCCAGACACUGGUCUCUUGCUUUGUUUUCUGUGGCUAAUCAGUCUAGUACAAAACAUUAUGGUCUUAUCUAGGGGAAAGAAAGGCAUUUUAACAGUCAGACACCAGGUGUACUAAGCUAAAGCCUGCAUUUGGGAUGGAAGCAGGGCAGACACUGUGGACAAUGCCGUGGGUGCUGACACAGCCAGUGGCCGACAGCUGACACAUGCAGAGUUCUGUCCUACACAAAGCUGACAACCGUGUCGGAAGGAGUGUCGGUUCCUGAACAGAUGACAAGGCUCCUGAAAGAGGCAGCUAACAUUGACAAGUAUCUGUUCUGCUUUUUCUCUCUGUUAAAACCAAACUAGUUCCCCCAAAUCAUGAAUCAGAAAGAAAUACUUAUUUCUAAAUUCAGUGUUUUUAGAUUGAUCCCAUAGUUUUAAUUGACAUCCACUGCCCCUCUCAAUCCUGACUUCUCCCUGCCCCUCCCUGCCUUCUCUUGUCCCUCCCACUUUUAUUCUUUUAAAAUAAAAACAGCAACAGCAUAAACUGUAGAAACCAGGUAAGCCCUUCCUUUCUGUCCAUGUUUUGCCAGCCACUUACAGCAGCUUACCUUUUUAAGUAUCUCCUGUGAAGGAGAGGGGCAAAGUGGGGGUGUGAUGGCAGCCAGGCUCCGACACCCGCUUGCGAAGCCUGGACCGCCCUGUCACCUCAGGCCUCCAAAAUGAGAGAACAUACUAAUGAAACCGACAGCAGACAUCACGACAGAUAUAACCUCUGCCAUGUGUUUUUUUAUUUUGUUUUUUAGCAGUGCUGAUAAAGCCGAAGUUUUGUAAGGUACAUAAAAAUCCAAUUUAUAUGUAAACAAGCAAUAAUUUAAGUUCUGAACUUAAGUGUUUUAAUUGUAUAAUUUUGUGAGGUAUACAUAUUGUGGGAUUGACUCAAAAAAUGAGGUACUUCAGUAUUAAAUUAGAUAUCUUCAUAGCAAUGUCUCCUAAAGGCGUUUUGUAAAGGCUGCCAAUGCCUUGAUUAGACCUGAUUUGUAGACUUCAGACCUUUUGUUUUCUAAACCUUAAGAUUCUGCUCACGAAUCACGUAUCUAAUCUAUAUGAUAUGCAGCCGCUAUAGGAACCAAGUCUUGAUUUUAUAUGUUUAUAUUCUUUCUUAAUAAACCUUAGAAAGACUACGUUACUAAGCAGCCCAUUUUAUGGUUGUUUUUCUGCCCUCUCUGUCGGGGAUAACCUUUAGUAAUUGGUGUCAGUUUCAGACAACUGCAGUACCCAGAACUGAGACCUUUCAAUUCUCCCCAACCCCUGAUACUUUCUUACCUAAAUUUCAGAAUGAUAUCUUUUUGAAGUCUAAAAACAAAGCAUUUUAUAAUAUCUCAUUAUCCAAGCUUUCUAGGAACAGAGAAGUUUUUCCUUGAAAUUAUUUAUUCCUGGCAGGGUAAAAAACAUAAACUACCCUAUUUAUAUCUCCCUAUAUAUCUACAGAUUGUGGGAAUAUAGAAAGAGAUAUGGCCCAAAGACAAAUGGUCAGUCAUCUGAAAGUGUUGCUCCAUGCUAAAGAACUUUCUGGAAAUUUGCAUUUCGAGACCUUUUUCCACUUUGAGAGGAAUCUCAGUGCAGGGAGGUGGCCAAGGAACAAUACUUCCCAGUGGGCACCAGUUCAUGUGUCUGCUCGAGGCUCCACUUUUCUCACCAAAACAGUUGGGUUGCACAGCUGUGCUGUAAAGGGAGCAGAAGAAGCCCAGAACUCCAAGACCCCGCCCCAGGAACGAGCAAGACCCAUUUUCAGAUCAUUUUUUUAGAAAUAAUGGGAGGCAGGAUAUCUUUUAACUUCACACAGCCCAAGAGAAGAUGGAGUUUAAGACAGAUUUGUUUUGUUUUGAAUCUUAAAUCCCAUUUCACUGUAACACCAGCCAUAACAUCUGUCAACAUUCAUCCAAUCCACCACUGUUCUCUAAUGGCAAUCCCAAGCCAGACAAGUGUACCAGCCUGGCAGUUAGAGCAGCCUGUGAUUACGACAUGAAAAAGAGCGCGUACAUUCUCUCACAGUUCCAAGCAGUAGUAAUGCAUUUUAUUUGACAUCUAAUUAUAGAAUAAAAUGAGUGAAGGAGCCAUCUGAUCAUGUUACCAUAGAAGCAAAUGCCAAAUCGACUCCCUUCAUCAGUAUUUCUCAUGCUACACACAAUAAAUUUGUACUUGGUUUUUGUUUAGCGGAACAUAUAAUCAGUGUUUUCUUAUAUUACUCAAUGUGAAAAACAUAAUGUGAAAAGUAUACACACCUUACCUUGGUUGUAUAACCCACCUAAGUGUUCAUGUAACGUGGUUUUAAAAGUGAAGUGAGCUGUGUUACUAGAACAGAUUCGUUUGACUCAAAGACUAAACCCCCCGUGUAUCUCUUACGACCUGUAAUGAUUGAAAGCAAUGGUCUUUUGCAGUUGAAGAUGCAGCUUUUCAUCUGUGUUUCAAAGCGGAGUUCCUACGGGCGUGACACAUGAACUGGGAGGCACAGAUCCACUUGCAGAACCCAAAGAUACACAAUCAAUUUUGAAAUGCAACUUAAGCCAUUAACUAAUUGUUGGUGUGAACUUAAAAUUUUCUAGUGUUUGUAUGGUAGUACGCUGCCUAAGAGCAAAGCAUUCUCUGCACAAAAGAAAAUACUGUAGUGGCUUCGAUUUUAAUUAGAAUUUUCUCCCUGGUGUUUCUUUAUAGACUAAAACAAAAUCUUUUAAGUUUCUUACUACAGGUAAAAGCUAUGUGCAAGAACCUCAAAAUGCUAAAACCUAGCAUAAUGCCUUAGAUCUGUUUUUAAGUCUUGUAUAUUCCUACCUAGCUGUCCAAUGUAUUAUAUUUGUAUAGUGAAUUGUGUACAAUUUUUGAAUAAGUACGUCAUCACUUACCCGUAUGUUAUUGAGCAGUGAUGAUGACCCGUUUCUUCAGACAUUUAACUGUCAUUUUUUUCCUUUGUCAUUCGUGGGUUUUAUUUUGUACAGUUCUUCAUGAAGUCGCACCUGAGGUGUGUGUAUAUGAAAAGAUUAUACAAGGGUAAACUUAAGCAAUAUAUUCACUAUGGUUCUUCAGGAGAAAGCUUACAGUGUUUCAGGUUGUGGAUUUAUUUUCAAAACAGAGUUGACUCUGAGCAUCACUUUGUUCAUCUGCAUUGAUGUUUGUAUUUCUAGUGUGAGCAGUUUAUGCAAAGGUAGAUAUAUUCAGAGAAAUUUUAAAUACAUUUAUGCAAGUUACUAUUGCUUUGCUGAUGCUAUUUGCUUAUUUGAUGUUAAAUAAUGCUAUUGUAAAUAAAGAAUCUGUUGUUACUGCAUCAUUUAAUAAAUUUUAAUGCCUUCGGGUUUUACAUGGCUUUAGAGAUUUUAA